AUGAAUGGUCUCAUCGCAAGUAAAUAUGUUAAGUUUAAGAGGCCAUUGUUCUUUGUUGCAAUGAUCUGUUUCCUGAUCUUUUGGAUCAGCGACGAUGGAAGCCCGACACUGCCGGACGGAGCCAAUAGGCUUACUCACAUGGGUAAAGAGCUCCAGAAAUAUCCUGCAUCAUUGCUGAAUAGAUACUCUCGAAGCGAGGGCAAUGGCCAAUCCAGCGGAUCGUCUUCGUCAUGGUUGAGAUCGAUGAUUACUGGAGGCGGUUGGAACAAAGACCCAGAGAUCGUUAUUAUAUUAGCUGCAAACGAGGGUGGAGGUGUGUUAAGAUGGAAGAACGAGCAAGAUUGGGCCAUUGAGCGACUAUCGAUCGAUAAUAAGAGGGCUUACGCGAAAAGACAUGGCUAUGGGCUAACGAUCAAGGACUUGACUGUGGCCAAGAGGUACUCUCAUGAGUAUAGGGAAGGCUGGCAAAAAGUCGAUAUUUUGAAGCAGACUAUGAGAGAGUUUUCCACUGCGCAGUGGUUUUGGUGGCUAGAUAUGGAUACUUUAAUAAUGGAACCUGAAUUCUCACUGGAAGACCACAUCUUUAGCAAGCUCGACAAUCUGACAGAUAGAACACUGGAGAGUUUCAACCCAUUGAAGAUUGAAACUGACAUACCUUAUGUCGAUUACACCGAGGAAUUGAACUUGUUAAUUACGCAGGAUUGUGGUGGGUUCAACCUAGGUUCAUUUUUAAUCAAAAACACAGAAUGGUCCAAGUUACUUCUCGAGCUGUGGUGGGAGCCUGCGAUGUAUGAACAGAAGCACAUGGUUUGGGAACAUAGAGAACAAGAUGUAUUGGAGGCUCUGUAUGCGAACGAAGGAUGGAUUAGGUCUCGUGUUGGCUUCUUACCUCUCCGGUCGAUAAACGCGUUCCCCCCAGGAGCCUGUUCCGAGUUCAGUAAUGAUAAGAGGUACUUUUACAAUGAGAACGAGAAAGAUUUUGUCGUCAAUAUGGCCGGUUGCAAUUUUGGCAGAGAUUGUUGGGGUGAAAUGCAACUUUACACUUCUAAACUCGAGCACAAGAAUAAAAGAUGGUAUAACAAGCUUUUCUUUUGA